UCUGCAUUGGCCGUGCAGCAUUUACGGUGAUACAGCCUCCGCAGGAGUCAGGGCAUUCAUACUUCUUGCAGAGUUGUCAAGGAAGUGCGUUUGUGUUUAUAAGGACCUCCCGCCUUCACCUACCGUCGUCAAUCAUGUUAAUGCGUAGCUAUAUGGAGCCGUCCAUAUUGUUACAACAUUUGAGAGGCUAAUGGCGAUGCGGUACUGAGUUCAUUUUCGCCUCUACUGUAACGUUACAUGCCUCUGUAGGAUCCGCUACUGAGUCACACCAUCCAUAUGGCACCGCCGACCACAUUUCGGAUCAAGCAUAAAUUGCGCUGCAUGUUCAAUCUGAGGUCUGCAUUGGCCUUGCAGCAUUCGCAUGAUAUUGCCUCUGCAGAAGUCAGGGAGUGCAUUCAUAUUUAUGCUUCUCAGAGCUAUAUGGGAGGUCCUGUAAAACAAACUAACUUCAUUGACAAUUUAUUUUACAACUACUCUGCUCGGCGAAGCGGAAGAAGUAUGAAUGCCCUGACUUCUGCAGAGGCCGUAUCAGCUGCACGGCUGAUGAUGAUUGCAGAUUGACCGUGGAGCGCCUUUAACCUGCUACGAAAAAGUUACGUUUGGUUUUAACUGUACCCACUCUAGUCAGAACCGUGUUUUUCUCCAGAAUUUGAGCAUCAACGAGCGAAGCGACGCAAUGAAAGCGCAUCGAGUGGCAGAAGGCAUGUGCUAGGCCUUUUGUGGAAUUUAUUUAUAAACUAUAUAUAUUUCCCAAAGGUAUAAGACACUCCAGUUUUCUAUUCUAAGAAAGGCCAUGUUAUUUUCUGCGAAAGUUAUGUAUAGGCUUUUUCUAUCUGCAAUUAAUUAGUGCAACAAACCAAAGUCAUUUUGAAAAGUUACCAUUGUAAUCUAUGCUAUUUUAAGGCGUUUGUAUGGGGAAUUUAAAAACAUGGGGGUUGGAUUGAUUAUUACAGUGAGUUAACCGUUAUUCCAGCCUUGCAAUGAUUCUGCUCAACCACGGGCCCUUUAAAAAGGAUGGAGGAUGAGGGAAAUAGGCGGAGCAUACAUGCUCAACGUGUUGCUGUUGGCGCUGCAGUAUUGAGCUCUACUCUGCAGUGCUAUCACAGUCUACAGUAACACCGCAAUAUGAAGUCUGCCGAAAUCACCCGCUCUCCAUCAACAUUCCGGGCAGUCUUUGUGACAGGUAUGAUUACGGGUGCCUAAUAAGCAUGGGGACCCAACAUAGGAGGACGGAUGCCAGCUGAGCCCCUCAACUCACCAGACCAUCGCUGUUAUCAAUAUCCCAGAAUUCUUAGCUAGGCCCCUGAGAAGGCCUUCUUGCAAACCCUUGGAGCCAUGGAACACAAAAUACAACAGAGGGACAAAAACAGGUCCAGCUACUUUGGCAACGUCAAGACCAGACUGGGGUCCAAGCUCCCUGUUGGGGACACCCAGUCCCCCAGGUUCAUUUCCAGACCCUUGGAGACAGGGCCUCAGACCGACUCAACCAAGGAGGCCAGGGCCAACGGUCAGGGCCACCGUGCCGUGGGGCGUCCCCUUGACCACGUCCCCCACAUCCGGAACCCCCGACUGCGACAGUAUUACCUCCAAGAGCCUAGAUGGGGAACGGAGGGAACCAUGGCUAAGUCCAUGGGCAGAGAUCACCUGUCAGAUGACAAGGUAGACACUAUGGCUCACCAUGAAGACACGGUGUUCAGUGUCACCUCCAAGUGCAGUAGCCUGGCAGAUCAGACUAAGCUGAACAGGCAGCUCUCCAUCUCUUCCUCCCUCAUCUCCCGGCAGAAUCUCCGCGUUCCCAAGAGUAAAGGCUCUGGCCAAUGCUCAUCUCCCGCAGUGAUGCACCUUGACCCCAACCUCAGGCUGGAGCCAGAGUUGGACACUAACCCAGGGCUUGGGCUUUUUCCGGCCCCAUCUGCCAGCCCUCACUCCCCGUCACCAGAUGCAGAGUAUGACAAACUACUGGAUGUGGAGGCGGUGCCAAUGCCUGACGGACAGCUCUGCCUACUGGCCCUCCCACCCGAGUGCUCCCAAAGGGAAGGGCAAGCCGCCAUGCCAUAUCUCAAAUUGUUCUGCCGCUACAUCACUGACCGCAAGGGUGUGGUUUCUGGUAUCUUGCUAGUGACAUCCAAUAAGAUCUUCUUUGACCCGUGUAAGACCCACCCAUUGGUGAUGGAGCACGGCUGUGAGGAGUACCUGCUGUCCUGCUCAGUGGACAGCCUGGACUCUGCCUCGUUCUACUCGGACAUUUCCCACGUGCACUUCAACACCUCCACAUACAGGUGGAAAGGAACUAAAAAGACCCAGAAAACUCUCUCCAAAACUGACAAGACGCUCCAGCAGGGUGGGAGGCGAAGCAGCCGUAGCCCACAGCACAAGAGGGAGACUGUCCCAGUGCUGGUCUCUGCUGCUACGUCGGAGCUGAGGUCUGCCCUGGCUCUCAGCCUGGUCCAAGGGUUCGCUGAGGAGGAGAGUAGCAGUGACAUGACUCAGGCAGAGAAGCAGCUGGAGGGGAAGGGAAGCCCACUGGAAGAGCUGGUUGUGCAGUCAUCCGGGGCUGAGCUGAGCAGCUUUUGUUGUGGAGGACAAGUGGCAGCAGGGACGAGAAAUCGAGUGAGAAUGGAGCAGGUGGACAGAGAGGGGACGGAGAAGGAGCAGUCUGUGAGGAAUCAGACGUCAGGCCUCUCUAGACCUUCAGGGACUUUUGGGUGUCUCAUGUUUGUCAGGCUGCGGCUCCAGGGGUCCGCUGGGAAGAAGGGUGUGGCUGCAGGCUUGCAGCUGGGGACAACAAAAACCUUACCCCGGAGGGAUGCCUGGUUCGCCUUUUCCCAGGAGAGCUCAGACGAGCUCUACGCCUAUCUGAGCCACUGGAGGCCUGACCUAUGCGUACUGGAGGGAGGGUCGGAGGAGGGGGAGGGCGACAAAGACGAGUUUGUACUGGUUGACAACGAGGAGGAGGAGGAAGAAGUGUCCAAGAACCACGGACGGACUGGGGAGGACUGGGAGAUGGUGUCAGUGGAGGAUGGUGGCGGGAGACUACCUCUGGUCAUGGACAAAGAUCCAGAGGGACUGUGUGAGAUCGUGGAGCAGAGUCGCAUCUUGGACGCAACGCUUGUCAGAGAGCUCUCAGCCGAGUUGCCUCCCAGGACAGUGGGCCACAUGUGGCAUCUGGCCUACAGCACUUCUCUUCAUGGCUCCAGCCUCAAGUCCCUCUACCGGAAGCUGAACGGCAGCGACUCGCCUGUACUCAUGGUCAUCAAGGACUCGCUCAAUCAGGUGUUUGGGAGCUUUCUCUCUCACCCACUGAGGCCGAGCGAGACCUUCUAUGGCACAGGAGAGACAUUCCUCUUCAUGCUGCAUCCUCGAUUCAAGUGUUUCAGAUGGACAAGAGAGAACUCCUUCUUCAUAAAGGGAGACCUGGACUCUUUUGCUAUCGGAGGAGGAAGUGGUCACUUUGGCCUGUGGCUGGAUGAGACUCUGUACCUGGGCAGGAGUAGCCCCUGUUACACCUUCAACAACUGCUGCCUCUCAGAAAGAGACGACUUCCACGUCAUAGAGCUGGAGGUGUGGACAUUCUGGUGAAGGCCUGCCCUCUUCAACUUGCCUAGCAACACCCACUCAUGAUGUCUGGCUGUCCAAUGACUGCUUUAAACAAGACUCUAGAACAAUGAGUUGUACCUCACUAUUUUGACUUAAUUCUGUGGUUUUGGGCUACGAACUGAACUGUGAUUAUUCUGAACCCCAUCUCUGAAUGUGGACCAAACCACUAGGUGGAGGAGGGAUGUUGGUGGUUUGGGGCUGAGGUUGUAGCCUCACUGCAUUGGAAGUGCAGUCCCACCCCCCCCCCCCCCCCCCUACACACACACACACACACUCUUUUGCAGGUUGGUAUGGUCCUCACGGUCAUCUGACUCUGCCUUGUGGAUACUGUAGUUCAGUGGUGGAAUUCACAUCUUCUAGCAAUGGAUCUCCAUCUGAAGGCCUACCUGCAUGUGUAAGCCUGCAUUUCCACCCCAGCACAAUUGGCACUUAUUCUGGCACCAUUUUUUUUAACACAUCUUUUUGCUGCCUGUGAAUCGCUAACCUGAAGGUGGCUGUCUCUUCUGUAAAAUGGAGGAACUGAAAUUCGAAGAACUAGGGGCUCACUAUGCCCCUUUUUGCAUAUAGACCAAAUUAUAUGAACUGGUGUACACAUUUAGUCAAAGUGAACAAAAAAAGGACUUGGGGGAACAUGGUCUAACCUAAAUAUCUUUAGAAAUGUUUUAUGUUAACCAAUCAAACAAUACAUGAAAGUUGCUGUCACUGAUCAGAAGUUAGAUCUAUGUUCCCACAAUAUAACAAGUAGACAAAAUGUGAAAAAUGGGGCUAAAAUUAUUAUAACAUGUCUUUAUCUGAUACUUUUUGAGAAACGUCGAUUUCAUCCAGUGGUCAUUGCAAGCUUACGGACUGAAAAUAACAAUCAAGACUCAAUCUAUUUUUAUUUUGUUUGCAUAAAUAGUCUAAGGUUAUUUCAAGGGGAUGACUACCUCUGCAAUGCUAACAUGUGCCUACAUUGCAGUGCUUAAAAGGAAAGAUUCAACCAUUUUGAAUGUUUUAUCGUAUUUGUGCAUCUCUUCAAGCAGGCAAAAAAAUACAGCCUGCUUGAACAGCGAAUAGCUCAGAUACACAUGAAAGGACCCUAGGAAUUGAUAGAACAGUGAUGCACAUACGCUAUAACAUUCCAAAUGGGUGAAUCUUUCCUUUUUAGAGGAUGGAGAAAUAACAUUUUAAGAUAUUACCUGUUUCAAGUGUCAAUGUACACGUGGUAGAACCCGAAGAAUAUCACUAAGUCCAUUUAAUCUCGCUCUUACUAACUGUUGCUUGUGUUAGAUAAUCUUUGGUGUAGUCACACUUUAAAUUCUGAUCUCAUGGGUAAGGUGUUUAACCUGUUGUUCCAUAACGUGAGAUCUACAUCAACAAUGUUUUUGCUUCAUAGGAAAGCAAUUACAUUACAAUUGUGCCAGCAUCCAACUUUUUGUGUUUCCAUGACAGCUGUUGGUGACAUCGGGAACAGAGCAUGGGUGUUGCCUGCAGAAGUUUUAGCAAUGACAUCAGGCCAGCCAACUUUGGACUUUCAGGCAGGCCCUCACAAACGGCUAAAACUCCAGAGGGAACGACUUGACCUGCUCUGCCACUCCAACAAUGACUGACAAAGUAUUACAGAAAUCUAUGGUUCUUUACAUAUUGCAAAACAGUGCUUAUUAAGAAAACACAAAUUAGUACAAUGCAUUAUGGUGUGUCUGCUUGUUUUGGUGUGAAACCGUUUUAAGUGAGUAAAACAAAUUUGAACUCACAACAAUUAAAUAUGAAUUGGUCAAUAGUAUCAAAGACCAAAGCGACGUUUUAAAAGCUGGCUACUUUUCUGACGGAUGAGAAGUAUGUCUACUUGAAUGUCUAGCUAUUGAGUUUAGUUAUAGAAAAAACAUGUCUUCAGAAGGGCUCAACUGGUAUAGCUGCCACGGUCAUUUGAAGAGGUUCUUGUAAUACUGAUCAUGUUGGAUGCUAAUGAAACAACCUGAAAAGUUGCCAGCGCCGAAGGAAUCGGAUCCCUACACAGAAGUUAGACGUUUAGCGUUUCAUUUGAUCAUUAUCCUUCAGAGGAAUUACCCUAAUUUACAAACACAAAAUUGACUGCUGUCAGCCUUUACUGUGCUAGGUAUUCCUUAGCUUUCUCCAGCCCCUCUUUGAGAAAAUUGCUGUAAGUCGCAGUGGAGGGGUCCUCGAACCCCCCCUCCCCCAGAGAAGCUAAAUGUGGCGUCUUCCUGAGGCUUCAUGGAUGUCUCGUCCAGGAAGUAAUUAGCAUCGAUGUGGUGGACCUAGAGUCAUUAGGGGAAAAAUUAAUUCAUUUUCACACAACCUUAUUGGCUUUUUUUUUUUUUUACUUGGGUCUGGCACAGGAUCCAAUUACAUUCCCUUAAAGUGAUGGUUCAGUUUUAUUUUGAAGUUUUGGCUUAUUUUCGACUUCCCUAGGCUGUUGUCAUUUCCUCCAAACCAGUUACAUUUGUUAAGUAUCCAAAUCAAAGUUUAUUGGUCGCACAUAAAGAUUUGCAGGCAGGGUUGGGUAGGUCACUUUCUAAUUGUAAACCGUUAGUCAAAUUUAAUCUGAUUCCUUUGUUACAUUUAGAUUAAUUUCCCCUUGAGGCAUUACACAAAUUAAUUACAAAUUGAAUGACAUCUACUGCAGGAUAAAUCCAUGUUAGUUUACAUAGCUGGUCAUAAAUGGAUGUUGCAUUGCACUUUGGGUUGGUUUUGUAGGCUUCUUCUAUCCCAUUGCUUUCUACUACUGAUAAUACAAUUUAGAUUGUCUUUACAUUAAAAACCAACGUCUGUCAGAUUUCCAGUCAUUCCAAUUCAGUUAAUACCCCUUGAUCUUCAAGAAUAUGACUUGGAAAUAUGGAAGUAUAGAUUAGCCAAAUUGUUACACCUGAGCAUAACCCCAAAAUGAAGGACUUAUUAGCCAGCCCUACUCUUGUUGUUUAUGAUUUUGUUUUCAUGGAGGACUGAUUGGGCUCAUUGCUUCGAGUUGAAAAAUAAAUGCUGCUCUCAUGGAAUGGAAUGCUUUGAGCACUACCGAAAAAUGUAUACCAUGUUCUGCAUUUGCUAUAGGCCUGUUGUUUACAUUUUUGUUGGUGACACUUUGAUAUCUUGAUCAUUUGCAGCUGUUUUAAAGGGCG